GCCUCCUCCUCCGCCUCUUACUUUCCCUCCCCUCCCCCUCAACCCCGCUGGCGGCACUGCGCCGCCGGGUGGAGAGGACUGGAAACUCUACCCGGGCCCGUCCUUUCUCACUAGGCCGGCCGGCUUUCUCCUAAGCAUGGGCAAAAGGACUUCUUUGUACUUCUUGUGACGACUUCUACGGGCUUGAGAGAUUCAUGGACUUCUGUGGUCUCUUGAGGUGGAGUAUUGUGAUGUUUUCUAAAACGGACCCCCAUGGCUUGGGAGGAACAUCUUAGUCAUGAAGAGGUUAGGGGUGAGAAAUGGAGUCGACAUAUCUUCAAAAGUGCCUUGGGACGUGUCUAACUCAAGGUCUUGCAGAAGUGGCGAGAAUUCGCCCAGUGGAUCCAAUAGAAUAUUUAGCAUUGUGGAUUUACAAAUACAAGGAAAAUGUGACCAUGGAGCAGCUGAGACAGAAGGAAAUGGCCAGCCUGGAGCGUGAGAGAGAACUGGCUUUGAUAGAGCAGGAAAUGAUGGAGAGGCUCAAAGCAGAGGAGCUCCUGAUUCAGCAGCAACAGCUGGCACUCCAGCUGGAGUUGGAAAUGCAAGAAAAAGAGAGACAAAGAGUAGAAGAACUACACAGAGCUCAAGAACAAUUAGAGAAGGAGAUGGGAAUGAAUAUAGAAAACAUACCUACGAGUGAAGAUAGUUCACAUUCAGAGGAUAUAACACCAGACUCAGGCAAAACGCUAGCUGAAAUUAGCGAUCGAUACGGGGCACCUAACCUGAGCAGAGUGGAAGAACUUGAUGAGCCAAUGCUAUCUGAUGUUGCAUUAAACAUUGAUCAAGAUUUGUAAGAUCAACCAACCCAAGAGCAAUGCAUUUUUCUGCUUGUUUCAAGUUUCAAAACAUGAGGUUCCCAACUGUAUUUUUUUCCUCCAAACCUGAACUCUGCUUUUUUUCUUUUUUCUCUAAAGACAGCUUUAUAAAUGGGCUUUCAAGGGUAGCCUUAACAGGUUGUUUUGGAUUCUCCGAUGCAACUGGUUGUUUGUAGGAUUCCUCAGAGAGCAAGAGAGAGAGUUUGCCCAAGCAACCGGAAGGCGCAAAUGGGAGAUGAGCUGAAAAGACUGUGUGUGUGUGUGUGUGUGUGUGUGUGUGUGUGUGCGCACGCGCGCCUGAGAACAAGAUUGCCCGAGGUGAAGGCUACGGUCUGUGAAGAGUGAAAGGGGCUGCCACUGUGCAGGACUUGGGAGUGUUCGACAUGCCUUAGAUCUGAGCUCCCCCCUGGAAGUGGACUGUGAGGAUUUCUCCAGUUUGCUCGGCAGUGAUACUUUGUAGGACCAUUAAUCCAUGCUUACUGAUAGGGCUGGAUGGGGAAGGAUGCCAAGUUCUGGGGUACCAAGACCCAACAUUUCUUCUGGAUCAACCAGUGUGGGCAGAUAUCCUGGUGAUACUGUUGGAGAGACGCUCUCGCUGGACACAGGCCAUGCAGGGGGCUUCCUUGGAUGGGUGCUGGGUGGUCCAUGGGCCCUGACUGCUCUCCUGGCCCCUUGGAAGUUUCACACCCAACCUUGAACUUUAGGGAGAACUUUGCUUCUUUUUUAAAAUUCUUCCAAAUCUAAGUCUUUAUUAUGAAUCCUUUCUGUUAUUUAAGGAAGGGUAUAGGCAUGGAAACAUAAAUGCCAGGAAGAGGAUUCUUAAAUAAGAUUUUAGGGGCUCCCUGGUGGCUCAGUAAGUUAAGCAUCCGACUUCGGCUCAGGUCAUGAUCUCAUGGUUUGUGAGUUCAAGCC